AUGCCCGCAACGAGUGUGGACCCGGCGCCGUCAGCCCCGCCGUCCUCGUCGUCGACGGUGUGCGACCUCAAUAAGGAUAAAGAAAAGCCGUAUUUCGAACUACUGGAGCGGCCUGUGCACGCGCACCCAUCCUCGCUAUCAGGCGCAGCGCCCUCACCGUCCCCCACUCUGCCAUCCGAGCCGCAGGGGGUUACAACUCCCGAUGUCGAAAAAGCCGCCAACACCGACGCCGCGGAGCGACCCAAGCUCACACAAACGCGCAAGUGGGGCCUGCUCGCGAUCUUCUCGCUCGCAAUGUUCAUCGACAUCUGGAUGUACUCUGCCUUUUUAAUUUUUACGGACGUCGUCUCAGUCGACCUCGGUAUCCCCUUCACGCAGCAGGCAUGGGUGAUCACAAGCUACAGCGUGACGUUCGCGGCCUUCCUCCUUUUCUGGGGCCGCGUGAGCGACCUGUACUCCGCCAAGCCCGUCUUCGCAUGGGGCUUCACGGCGCUCGGCACCAUCUCUCUCGUCAUCUCCUUCCUGCCGGACAUGUACUCGUUUUUCAUCCUCCGCGCCAUCGCAGGCAUCGCGGGCUCGGCGCUCAUCCCCUCGUCGUACCGCCUCAUCACAGAGGUGUUUGAGGUGCACGAGCUUAGCCGCGCCUUCACGCUAUUCGGGAUGGCUGGCGCCCUCGCGAACGUGACCGGCGUCAUUAUCGCGGGCGUCAUCGAUCUCAUCCCUCUGCACGGACAGGGUGCGAGCUGGCGCUGGUUCUUCCGGCUCGCGGCUGUCAUUGUCAUCCCCUUCGCCGUGAUGUCCAUGUUCGUGAUUCCGCAGCGCCGCGGCGCCGAGGCCGAGACUCACACGGCCAAGUGGAAGCGCCUCGACCUCCCCGGCUCAAUGCUUAUGCUGGGCGGCACCGUCCUCCUCGUGCUCGGCUUGACGCUCGGCGCCGCACAAGGCUUCAGGACGGCCGCGUUCCUCGUACCCUUCCUGCUCGCCCUCGUAGUACUCUUCCCCGGCUUCUUCAUCUGGGAAGCCUCCAUUCCCGAAGACGUCGCCCUCCUCCCCCCGUCCUUCUGGCGCAUCCCGAACACGAUCCUGCUCAUCGCCUUCGCGCUGCAGCUGUACGGCUGGAUCGGCGUCAAUUUCCUCGCCCACGUCGAGAGCUACAUGAAAGUGUACCGCGAGUCGAGCCUCAUCGCGGCCCUCCGCAUGCUGCCGCAAGGCCUCGUCUCGUUCCUCACCCUCAUCAUCCUCGCGUGCGUGCCCCGCCUCGCCGCGCGCCCCCGCUGGUCCGUCAGCGCGGGCAUGCUCGCCGGCAUCGUCGGCUACGUUCUCUUCGUGCAGAACCAGCGCUUCGUCGGCUCCGACUACUGGAAAUGGGUGUUCACCGGCUCCGUCAUCGGUGGAAUCGGGAUGACCGUGUGCUUCACCGCCACGAACGUCGCGCUCAUGACCUCGGUCGAUCCGAGCGUCGCGGGCGUCGCAGGCGCGCUCCUCCAAGUCGCGCUGCAGGUUGGGUCGAGCGUCAGCUUCGGCGCCCAGUCUGGCCUGUUUACGGUCCACGAAGGCGGCCUCGCUAACUACAAGAACGUCCAUGCCUCGUUCUACUUCCAGCUCGGGCUGUCGGUCGUCGCGCUCGUCGCGUUCUUCGUCUUCUACAAGCAGCCCAAGGCUGCCGCCGCGCCUUAG